AUGGCGUCCGGCUCCUCGAAUCAUCGUACAAUGGAGUCUCGUACUGGUAGAACAAAGCAACGCUAUAACUCGAAGGGUGAACGGUUGGUAGCGGGAGUGGUCCCUCUCUCGGAAGACCGGCUAUACGUUUUACUCAUCCAAUCGACUCGGAGAAAAGGCUGGGUUCUUCCAAAAGGUGGAUGGGAAUCGGAUGAAGAAUGUACAGAGGCCGCUGAACGCGAAGCCUGGGAAGAAGCCGGUAUAACAAUCCGCAUCGACUAUGAUCUCGGCGAAGUCAUUGACUCGCGGCCGCCUAAAAGGUUGUCCAAGGAUGCUCCUAAAGCUCUAUAUCGCUUCUACGAGGCUACCGUCCUGACAGAGGAGAGCAACUGGCCUGAGAAGCACAAGAGAGAACGCCAGUGGUUUACAUACACCCAGGCGAAGGAGGCUCUUUCUGAUCGACCGGAGCUGCUACAGGCUCUCGAAUUAUCUACUAUGCACAGAACAUAA